AAGAGUUUGUCUACCGUUUUAUUUGUCUGUGACAUUGACAUGUGAUUUCGGUUUUCAGAUUAAAAGUGAACUGUUUAAGUAUAAUUGGUUUUUUCAUCGUAAAGCCCAGUAGGAUUCAACAAAUAAUUAUGUUGUCUAUCAAAGGUGUUUUUCGUAAGAUUACACUCACACGCGGAGUCUCAUCUACGAUGAAACUUUGUAGUGAAGAGUUAAACGUCCACAGAGAUAGUGAAGAUAACAAUGCCAAGACACCUUUUGAAUUCACCGAAGCCAACAUGACGAGGAUUGCCGCUUUAGUACAAAAUUAUCCAGAAGGAGCUGAAAGAGCGGCUCUUGGUGCUUGCUUGGAUAUAGCACAGCGUCAGAUCGGAUGGGUCCCGAUUUCAGCUAUGCAUAAGGUCGCUGAAAUACUAAGCGUUCCUAGAAUGAGAGUCUAUGAGUGGGCUACAUUCUAUACUAUGAACAAAAGAAGGUUCAGGGGAAAGUUCAACGUUAAAGUUUGCAUAACGACCCCUUGUAUGCUCCGUGGAUCAGACAGUAUAUUGAGCGCAGUAGAACAGGCGACCUGCUGUUGCGUUGGUAGUGUGUCCGCUGACGGCUUGUUUGGAGUUGACACAGUCCAAUGUCAAGGAGCAUGCGUCAACGCUCCCAUGAUUGUUGUUGAUGAUGACUAUUACGAAGACGUUGAUGUAUGUGAUGUUUACAACAUAAUACAGACCUUGAGAUGCGGAGGAAUUCCACCGGCGGGACCUCAAAAUGGUAGAUUUGCCUCCGAACCAGCAUGCGGCCUAACAAGCUUACAGCAGUGUCCCCCUCCGCCUGGUUGGGGAUUACAACAGGCACUAUUGAUGCCUUGCCCUUGUCCUACGGCACCGAGAACCUAGUAUAUUCAUUUUAAUAUUAAAAAACUUAUAUUUUUAUCGCAAACACAUUAAAGUUUAUAAUAUAA